ACAGCUUUUCCUUCAAUCCUCGUCCUUUUCUUGAGCGAUUCCGGAUCGAAACCCAAGGAAAUUAAUGGGUUUCCUACUAUUCUUCCAGGCCUGGUUGUUUCUGUUCCUGUCUUUGUUUUCCCACCAAACACAGGGUGAGGAUUUCAUUUCUCUCAGUCUCAGCAAUGCUACCCAUUUCAGUGCCCGUAAACUUGCGGGCAAAUGCAAUCCGUUUAGCGGUAAAUGGGUUUACGACGCUUCAUAUCCUCUUUACUCCUCUUCCUGUCCCUUCAUAGAUCCCCAGUUCGACUGCCAAAAGUACGGCCGCCCUGAUAACUUGUACCUCAAAUACAGAUGGCAACCCUUCUCCUGUUCCUUACCCAGGUUUAACGGGCUAAAUUUCUUGGAGAAGUGGAGGGGGAAGAAGAUUAUGUUUGUGGGAGACUCGCUGAGUUUGAAUCAGUUCCAGUCUUUAACGUGUAUGAUUCAAGCGCAGGUGCCAAACUCUAAGACCACAUUCAUCAGGAAAGAUGGGCUGGCUUCAGUAACAUUCGAGGAGUUUGGAGUUAAAAUACUGCUGUACCGCACACCAUACCUGGUGGAUCUUGUUAAUGAGAACAAGGGCCGAGUUUUGAAGCUUGAUUCCAUAAAGAGCGGCAAUGCAUGGAGAGGAAUGGACGCCCUGGUUUUUAACACGUGGCAUUGGUGGACCCACACAGGAAGAACCCAACCAUGGGAUUAUAUGCAAGAGGGCAAUAAACUGUACAAAGAUAUGAACCGAUUGGUUGCGUAUUAUAAAGGGCUAACAACUUGGGCUAGAUGGGUCAACCUAAAUGUUGAUGCUUCCAAGACCAAAGUCUUCUUCCUUGGGAUUUCUCCCACCCAUUACGAGGGCAAGGAUUGGAAUGAACCAUCAAAAUCAUGCUCCAGUCAGAAGCAACCAUUCUUCGGGCUAAAGUACCCGGCCGGCCCACCAUUGGCUUGGGUGGUUGUGAAGAAAGUGUUGAGCAGAGUUAAGAAACCGGUGUAUUUCCUAGACGUUACAACGCUUUCGCAGUAUCGGAAAGAUGCGCACCCAUCGGCUUAUAGCGGCGAGCAUGGGGGCAGCGACUGCAGCCAUUGGUGUCUUCCAGGGCUGCCGGAUACUUGGAAUGAGCUCCUAUAUGCAGCCCUCUUUAGUUGAAGACAGGGUAGGGUGUACGUGGGCAAUGUACUUAGUCGAUCGAAUUAGAAAGAAAACCCAUUGUUUUCAAUUCUAGGAGUUUAAUUAUUGUUAUUUUUGUUGUGUAAGUAGGCAAUAAGAGGGCUGAUACUCAAGCUGUAAAUUUUUAAGAUUUCUUUGGCAGAAAGUUGCCUUGAAUUGGAAGCAUUAAUAUAUACCCUUUGCCAAUUGAAAA